CAUGCGGCUCUCAGCCUUUUCUUACUUUCACUUUUCUCUCUGCUGUCAGAUUCUCCUCUGGAUUGAACCUGCAGAUCGUCUGCAGCUCUGGGAUCUACUGAUCAUCCUGGUGGAACAUCUGGAGCUUCGUUCAGCAGCAGAGAUGCAGACGGUCGUCACCAACCUGGCGCUGCAGAAGCUGCAGUCCUACUUCGCCAUCGUGGUGAUCUUCACCUACAGCAUUCUGCUCAGGAGCGACUUUGAAUGCAGCUGCAAGCGCCAGCUGUACUACUGCAUCAUCUACGCCGUCACACCUGGUCUCAUAGCAACCGUCCUGAUGCUGUGGUCCAACCGGCUGUUCCAGAGGACCUGCAGCUACCGCUCCAGGUUCAAGAGCUUCAUCUGCCGCCAGGUGUUGAAGGCGGCUCUGGUCGGCCUCCUCUGGGUGGCGUUUCUCCUCAUCGACGGCGACUGGUGGGCCUGUUGCUUCAACAAACUCUCUGAGCAGCAGGCGGGUCUGCCCUGCAAGGCCGCAGCCAAGCGGAGCGACGAGGAGAGAGAAACCAUGGCUGCCAUCAAAACCACGUCCAGGGUGAGCGGCUGCUGGCUGCUCUUCCUCAUCGUUUUCUCCGGAGCCAUGAGUUCCUGGACCCGAUGGAGGAGCAGCUGCAGCAAAGGAGCGACUCAGUACGAAGAAACGCUUUACUACAAGCUGGUUCUGGAGGAGGAGGAGGCGGUUCUGAAGGAGGUUCUGAGGGAGUCCAUCAGAACCAAGCUGACCCAGCAGAUCCGGACCAAAUGUGAGGACAACUGGAAGGAAUGCUUCAACGUGGCUGAAGAGGUCAUGAAGAACCAGAGAAAGCAACCAGAGCAGAAGGACAAAAACGUUGAACUGGAUGAAAUACCAGAGGUAAAUCCAUCGGCUUCACGCAUCACAGGAUAUUCUUUCAUUCUGAAAUAAAAACAUUUUUAUUUUAUCUAGAGUUUAAAUAGGCUGCAAUGACCUGGAGGUGAAAGAAGGAAGUUCAGCAAAUAACUGACAUCAUAACCUGUGACAUCAUAACCUGUGACAUCACAGGAAAUAAAUCUGUCUCUGUU